GCCACUCGGACCGAGAUGCAGGCCUGCUUCCCCAUUCCGAUCCCAUCUGGCAAACGCCCAGCCAGAGCCGCCUCGGCAGCAAGGGUGGGCUUCACCGCUUCACCACCCCCGCUUUCUCCCUCCCGCUGCCUCCCUGACAGCCGGGCAGCCUGGUCCCAGUGCUGCCUGCCAGGUUUCCCUAGCAAUGCGCCAUGCCGUACGGCGCAGCGGCCUCCUCCCUGCGGCCUCCCCAGGCCGGCCGGCCUGCCUCCCGCCUGCCUGCGCCGCCUUCCUCCGCCGCCCUCCCCAAGGCAGCCCAUGGCCGGACCCUGCUCGGCGCGGCUGCAGGGCGAAGCGGCAGCCUUCACCGCCGCCCUCCGCACCCUGGUCAACAACCCCCAGUUCAGCGACGUGACAUUCGUGGUGGGCCAGGAGCAGCAGAAGGUGUUUGCGCACCGCUGCGUGCUGGCGUGCCGCUGCCAGGCUUUCCAGGGGAUGCUUGGCCAGGGGCCAGCAGGCAGUGAGGACUCUCCUAGCAGCAUCCCACCCCAGGGCCCCUUCAUCCUGGGCAACGUGCAGCCCGAGGUCUUCCUGGCCGUCAUCGAGUUCCUCUACACCAACAGCGUCACCCUCAACAGCCACAUUGCGCUGGAGGUGCUGACCUCAUCGGUGGAGUAUGGCCUGCAGGACCUGUGCAAGCUCUGCGUCAAGUUCAUCAAAGACACACUGAGCGUGGAGCAGGUCUGCGAGGCCCUGCAAGCUGCGGUGACCUAUGGGCAGGCAGACCUCCAGCAGCACUGCCUGGCCUUCAUUGAGGGCUGCACCGCGGCGGUGGUGCAGACACAGGGCUUCCACGAGCUCUCCGACGUGGUGCUGGCACGCGUGCUGCGCAGCGACCGCCUGGCUGUGGAUGAGCUGGACCUGGUGCAGGCUGUGCGGGAGUGGGCGCACGUCAGCUCGGCUGUCCUGGAGCGCCCGGUGCCCGAGGUGGCUGCCCUGCCCGUGCGGGAGCUGCGCCUGCCCUUGCUGGCACCCAGCGAGCUGGUGACGCUGGAGAGCCACAACCAGCGGGAUCUGCUCAUCCCGGCAGAGAGCAUCGCGGCAGCCUGGCGGUCCCAUGCGCUGAGGAAGGGCAGCGGGGUGCCCUCCCGCCUCUGCCGGCCCCGGCGUGGCACGAGGCCCCGCGACCACCACCGUCACCUGGACCCACAUGCCAAGUAGGGGCCAAGAGCCGAGGUCGUUCCCCCCCCCCAGGUCAACCCGGGGGCUCGGGCAGCGGCAGUGCCCCCUGGCCAGAUGCUCCGCAGUGGGGCAGGCUGUGGGGCUGGGCACUGCUGGAGGUGCUGCCGUGGCCGAGAGCAUCAGUCAAGCGCUUUGCCCCAUGCCACGGCUUCGGGGUCAGGGCAGGAUGCCCAGGUCACCCCAAGAAAUGGUGCAGGGACUAUGGGGGGGGGGAGCUGGUCCGUGGGGUGGUUGCGAGGACAUCCAGGCGCUGCGGUGGCCACACGCAGCCCAGGCAGUGACCCCGGGGGUAGCGGGGCUGCAGGGGUCCCUUGCGGGAUGGGGACACAGGAUGAGUUGCCCCUUUCCCAGCCCCACUGCUGCCCCCCCCCCAAGCCGGGCCCUGUGCUGGGGCCCUUCCCCAGGGCCGUGCUGCCCCCCCCCGGCAGCGGGGCUGUGCUGCAGCGGGCAGCGAGCACUGGCAUCGGCCUGGAGAGGGGCACAACGCAACCCCCCCUCCGCCAUGGCAGCGGUGGGGAAGGGGCUGAGCAGGAUGGGGAGCCUGGGGCUUGAAGGGGGGGGAGGCAAGUGGGAGGGGAGAGCCCGGCAUCUCUGCACCCUGCACCAGCGCCAGUGACCCCCCCCCCCGAACCCCACCCCAAGCCCUGCCAGCAUCCCCCAGUCCCUGAUAGCCCCGGGGGGGGGGGGGAACAGGCUGCCAGCCCCCCCGUGUACCACACACACUCUUACACACCUCUCCCCAGCGUGCACACCCCCCCAUUGCCCACCCCAUUGCGUGUGCGCACACAGCUGGGUCUGUCUCAAGCCCCUUCCCCCCUGAGCUGUGCCCCCCCCCAGGAGAAAAGGCCAGACACAGCAGGUAAU